AUGAAUACGGAGAAGGAGAAAACUAUCUCCAAAACCAGUGAUUUUAUUGAAAGCGGGAAUAUCGUUUGCGUCAGGAUGCUUAUGAAUGUGUUUGUUUAUUUCAAACCAUUCUCAACAAUGGGAAAUUUACAAAAUAUCCAGUCAGAUUCAAAGUCAUCCAGGGGAGUAGUAUUUAAACUUGAUAAUCGUGUUACAUUCGAUAAUGGACUUGCCAAUCCUCCAACAACCUUCAUCUAUGGUCCAAAGUACUUGGCGAGUUAUCUUUAUCCACUGAGCCCAAUUCAGGACUGGGCACUGGCUACUACAUUAGUAAGGCCGAUUUAUUUUUUCAGUUUGAAUGACGUAUCAAAGGAGAUAGUUCUUUCAAACAAAAAGUAUGGAUCAGUUAGGAGAGCGUAUAUUGUGGCAGCUGAAGAUGAAGUUCUAAAGAAGGAAUUUCAACAGUUAAUGAUUAAAAAGAAUCCGCCAAAUGAAGUGGAAGAGAUUUCAGGAUCUGAUCACAUGCCCAUGAUGUCUAAGCCCCUUCAACUUUUUACUCAUCUUACUCGUAUUUCCAACAGGUAUAGCUAAGAGCUAUUAAUUACGAAGAAUAAGUGUAAGGCUGAGGAUAAAAUUACUUCACAUAUCUGAUGCAUUGAUAUGGAGAUCUCAGUUCUUUCACAAAAGUCCUAAUUAAUUUGAUAUUUCAAUCAUUGUAUUUGGAAUUGACAUCAAUACACAACCUCUAUUUUCCUAA